AUGAAAGGAACUGCAACACGCGAGCUCUUCUAUCGCGAACAAACAAUAGCGAAUCUAUCUGCUGUGUUCCGUAAGGAUGUCGGAGUCUUGACCUGCCAACGCGACAGCGAAGUAGUUGCUUUGGCUUAUACAGUAGAGGCGGAUGGAGAGCGAGUUGAAGUCAUGCAAUUUCAUCAUUUUUCAGCACUACGUGUUGGGGAAUAUUUCGUCAAUCACAAUCAUCGAAUCUCGAAGAAUGAAUUAGCAACUUGCAGCAUAAACCUGCCCCGGACACCGGAACUGUCAAUCAAGCCCAACCAGACCACAAACCUGAAGGAUGAAGUUUUGCCCAACGAUGAGGUAGUUUAUAAAGAAAUAGAAGCUAGACUGGAUGGUCAUGUGACAGAAACCGACUCACUAUCUCCAAAGAGACUUGAGCAACGCGACUUGGGAAACAGAGGCUUUCCAAGCGUGAUACAGAUAAAAUUACCGUUCCUUAACGAGCCAAUUCGGGAAGCAAGACAUAUCGCAGUCACAAGUCGCCAAGCUAUACUGCAAGUUGUCGCUGACCUCAUGUCCGAAAAAUGUUCAUCAAAGACUAUGUAUCCCAUGAAAUCAUUACGUGUCGGAGACGGCAAUAUCUCUCAUGGGAUUCUCACAUAUGAUCAUGAUGAUGUUGGACACUUUAUCGAUUGUAUCCUCAAAUCAGAGGAUUUUGUCACGAUCGAGUGUGUUUUUGAAAUGGCUGUAUUGUCAGUGUAAGCAAGUCGAGGAAAAGGCCAUCUAUAGUUGUUCCUUCUUGCCGUAUAUGGCUUUCAUACAGGCUCUUGAUCAAGCCUUUUUGUGCAACCAUUUUCUCCAUACGAG